AUGCCGAAUAUUGAUGGUGCCUUGAAUACCAUAGAGACGCUCGAGACCAUCAAGCGGCAGGAACGGCACUCCGCUUCCCUGGUCUGGCGCGCUCGGCUCAGUCAGGAACAAUACGCUCAUAAACGCGUUAUUGAAGCCAUUCUUCCGGUCUUCGAAGCCUGGAUGCAGCGUCGGCAAGGUAGACUCACCUACAGACUUACACAGCUAAUCACUGGGCACGGAUGCGAUGGAAGUUACGAGGACUCCGCGACGCAUACUCUUGUGGUGUGCCCUGCUUGGGAGACGAAGCGGAAUGUCCUGGUAACCCAUAUUGGACGAAACCUCUCUUUGUCAGCAGUCAUGUCGGCGAUGCUGAGAGAGACCGUGAUGGUCAAGAAAGAGGCUGCUGAGACGGAUCGAGAGAGGGCAGAUCCCCUUCGGAGACGGGGUCACCGAGGCGAGGGUACACCUCGUUACGGUCCUCAAUAUAUA